AUUGUGUAGCUGUGCCUGCAACUGUCUUGCCCAACGUCCAAUCAACCCACCAACCAUCGUCUUUGCUGCGAGCUCCAUCAAGCUCCCAGUCCACCUGCUACACUCUCUGUUCGAGUUUCCGUAGCACAACCACCUCUUUCCAACCAUGUCGGCCGAUACCGCACCCUUGUCCAAGGUCGAUUCCGCCGUCGAGCCCGGCUCUCCCACUCACGAGCACAAGCUCGAGCACAAGGCUCGUCGCCGGUCCAGCGCCAGCAACCCCGACGUACAUAACAUCAACGACCUGGAGAAGCAGAAUGUAGACCUUGCGAUAGCACCCGAGACUCAAAAGCUGAACUGGAAACUCAACACGUCACCAGCAACGCUGGAAGACUGGAAAGACGCGUUAAAGAAGCCGCUCGUCACACCAAUGGUCAAGAAGAUCGACCUGCACUUCCCACUAGGCCUCGACGUGACAGCACGGAACCUCAAGGGCGUGACAAUCAAGGAUGCGCUAGACGCCAUCUACAAGCAAUUCAAGAAGAGGUCCGACGACGAACUCGACAAUCCCAUCCUCGCUGGCUUCGAGUGGGAUCGUGAAGAGUGCUACACGCGCUUCAUCGUGCACCAGAAGAAGGAUGCGGGCCCAGCCCCGACCAAGAAGUCGAAGAAGAAGGACAAGGAAGCCAAGGCCGAAGAGGCCCUGGUCUAAUCACCCGACGCUUCUUGCCCCACACUGCGCGUGAAUGAUAGGGGCAGAGCUAGGCAGACAUGCCCAGGCGUCUGCGGGUAGACGACCCACUGAUUUUACGAAUGGCGUUGCUCGGAAGGAAGGACGGACGGACGGAUAGGAAUGGAAUGGAACAGAACGGCAGCAGGUCGGCGCGCCGUAAAUGAACCAACAGAGUUGUUGUUCUUCUCCUCCUCUACUCUCUUCUUUCGCUUUUUUGGCUUUGGUUGCUGUCCUUUUCGCUCUCACGUACGCACAUGUACUCCCACCCAAUACCGGUCGCACCGCACACGAUAGCUGGGCGGCGAUGGGGACGGGAACGCGGGUUAGCUGGCUGGGCUGGCGAGCUUGCUGUUGCUGUUGCUCUUUUUGCUGUACCACUAUAACGAACCUAACUUACC